AUGACUGGCACAUCCAAGGGCCCUGCGUACGUGUCUCUUGAGGUGACCACACAGUGUGACGAUGACGCCGCUGAGAUGGAGAUGGGGUACCAGCACUUGCCUUUCAGCCAGCGCGUGGCCCGUCGCCGACGACGGCAAGCCAGAUAUCCAUCAGUCAAAUCGAAGCUCAUCGCAGGAGUGGCGGCAGCAUGCAUUGUAGGAGCCUUUGUGCUAUGGGCAUGGGCAUCAGUGCUGCUUCUGCAGCGUCUCAGCUCGAUGCGGUUUCCGAAAGUUCAGGAGGAGGCAGUACCGGCCAUGGCGGAGGACGUGCGACCGCGAAUGGGCCCGGACCCGGAGUGGCCAGCACUGCCGGCGCCACCAGCUUGA